AUGGUACACCAAGUAAAGAAGAAAUUCUUUUAUGGGUUUGUGGGCCUCGUUGUGGGGGCUACAUUGUAUUCAAUGUUUUUUACCACCUUCAAGCCCUCUAGCCGACGAACGAUAUCGAAAAAGCAAUCCAAGAAGAAGGACACAGAGGUGGUCAAGGAUGACAUUCCCAUUGACAUUGAGGCUAAGCCAGUGGAAGAGAUGAGCAGAACUGAGUUGUUUGGCUUUUUGGCAAAAGUAAGUUGGGCUUUACAGUCUUUUUUUCUUUUUUUUUACAUUUUGUUGACGCUAACCGUGAAUAGCGUAGACAGUACCCGUCUCUUGAUACACCGCUUGGUGAUCUAA